CGUUUGGACACCAUUCAUCAAUAGCUGUGUAUUUUCCCUGAAAUCCCUGCAAUAUGAGCCUGAGACUUUGCCUGCUGGCUUGCCUGGUGGCAGCCGCUUGUGCCACCAAGGACGAACUGAAGCCAACCAACUGGCUGAGCACCACCGAGCUGGAGAAUGUGCCGUCCUUGAACGACAUCACAUUUGAGCGUCUGGAGAGCAUGCCUUUGGACAAGGGCGCCAAAUUGAUGGAGAAACUCUAUCACAUCGCCAGCAUUAAGCAUGAUCUGUCGCCCAACUUUGUGCCCAGUGCCAGCAACAUUCCAGUCUGGAUUAUCAAGUCCAAUGGCGAUCGUAUGGAGGCUAAGUUGAACAACUAUGUUGACAAGGUUACUGCUCUGCCCGGUUUUGGUGAGGAUGAGGUUACCAUUGUGUUGACCGGUCUGCCCCAGAACUCACCCGCCACCCAGAAGGCCUUGCGCAAGCUGGAGCAAGCUUAUAAGCAGCGUUACAAUGUCCAGAACCAACAGAAGAACUCUCACAACUCUCGUCAGCAGAUGAACAAGGAUUACGUCUCCACCUCCAGCGAGGAAACUAGCGAAGAAUGGAAAUCGGCUAAGACCACCGCCGGAAAUUUGAUCAUUAUUGAUUUGGGCUCCACGUUCACCAGCUUCAAGCGUUUUGCUCUGCUCGAUGUUGCCGGUACUGGUUCCAUGAUCGGUCACACUCUGGUUGAUCUCACCAAGAAGGAUGUGCCCCGUGAGAUUAUUCACUUGGUUGGACAGGGUAUUGCUGCUCAUGUUGCUGGUGCCGCUGGUCAGGAGUUCACCCUUCACACCGGUAACAAGCUGCGUCGCAUCACCGGUCUGGACCCCGCCAAGAUGAUUUCCAAGCCUCGCGAACAGCUUGUCGGUCUGUCCCGCGGCAAUGCCGACUUUGUUGAUGUGAUCCACACCUCCAGCUUGGCCAUGGGCACCCCAAUGCGUUGCGGUGAUGUUGAUUUUUAUCCCAACGGUGUCAACCAGGCCGUUCCCGGUGCCGAGAAUGUGAUUGAGGCAGCUAACCGUGCUACUCGCUACUUUGCCGAGACUGUGCGUCCAGGUGGUGAACGCAACUUCCCCGCCGUUGUCGCCAACUCGCUGAAGCAGUACAAGGAGAAGAACGGCUUUGGCAUGCGUGCCUACAUGGGCAUUAAUGCCGAUUACGAUCUCCAGGGUGACUACAUUCUCGAGGUCAACGAGAAGAGUCCCUUUGGCAAGCGCGCCUCCGCCCAGAAACAGAACCACUAUCACGGCUCACACCAGCGUAACUAAAUCAACAACAACAAUCCCAACAGAUAUGCAUUAAA